AUGGAGGAUAAACGUUUUGCACAUAUAGCAAACGACCCGAAGUUCCGUAGAAUCCCCAAGAAUGAGAAAAAAGUGAAAAUUGAUAAACGGUUUCAGGGAAUGUUUAGUGAUAGUAAGUUUAAAGUAAAAUAUACCACUGAUAAAAGAGGAAGGCCUGUAAAUCACACAUCUACGGAAGAUUUGAAGAGGUAUUAUGAGUUAAGUGAUGAAGACUCUGAUUCGGAAGAGUCUGAAAAUGAAGAAGAAAAAGGUAAAUUUGUCAAGGCACCAAAAGAAGAAGAAAACGAGUUAAAAAAGAAGAUAAAACACGAUAGCAACUUAACAAACGCUGUAAAAUCAAAACUUAAAAACCUUAAAGUCGACUAUGCCAGAGGAGAGAGUAAAUUAUUCUCAGAAAGUUCCUCUGAUGAUGAUUCGGAUGAUGAAGCAGUCUCUGAAGAUGAAGAUAUAGAUCACAAAUGGGGUGAACUGGAUGCUGAAGCUGAAAGUACUGAAGAAGCCACAAAUAGGUUAGCUGUAUGUAACAUGGAUUGGGAUAGAAUUAGAGCUGUUGAUUUACUGGUGUUAUUUAACUCGUUUUUACCUCCUGGAGGUGUCGCUAAAUGUGUUACAAUUUAUCCUAGUGAGUUUGGGAAGAAAAGAAUGGCAGAGGAGGAGGUUAAGGGUCCAACAGAGUUAUUAAAUGCAAAACCAGAUGAAGAAAAUGAUGAAGAAACUGAAGAGGGUUCAAAAUACCACAUGGAGAGACUCCGGCAGUACCAACUGAAUCGCCUUAAAUAUUACUACGCAGUCGUGACAUUUGAUUCGCCAAAUUCGGCCAAUAAAAUUUACACUGAAUGUGACGGUAUGGAGUAUGAGUCCAGCGCUACAAAAAUGGACUUACGCUUCAUACCAGACGACAUGACGUUUGAUGACGACCCCAAGGAGACUUGUAGUAAUAUUCCCGACAAAUAUGAGCCGAGAUUUUUUACUACAACCGCUCUGCAACAAGCUAAAGUCGACUUAACUUGGGACGAAACAAAUCCUGAUAGGAUGGAAAUAGCGCAGAAAUUAAACAGCGGUAAAAUUGACGAUGUUACGGAAAACGAUCUUCAGAACUAUUUGGCUGGUAGCAGUGAUGAAGAGGAAGAAGAUAAUGAAGAAAGCGACUCGGAGAAUGAAGAAUCAAACAAAGGUAAUGCUAUAGACAAAUAUAAGGCGUUACUGCAAGAUAUUGAGGACAAAGAGUUUGAAAAGAAGAAUAAAGACAUACAAAUGGAAGUUACAUGGGGUUUGGGGCUGAAGGAGGAAACUGAGAAGAUGGUGAAGAAGAAAUUGGAGCAAAAAGAAGAAAAAACUCCCUUCCAACAGUUUUUGGACAAGAAGAAAGAGAAGCGCAAGGAAAAGCGCGAACAGAGAAAAAAGAAGAAUGAUAAUGAAGAUUCAAGUGAAGAAAACUCUGAUGUACCCUCGGAUAUAGAUAUGAAUGAUCCGUAUUUCGCGGAAGAAUUUAAAAACAGUGAAUUCAAGAAGAAGAAAUCCAAACCCAGGAAAGAAGAAUCACAUUCGGAAAAUGAAGAUAACGGCGAACUAGAACUCUUACUGAUGAAUGAAGAGGACAACAAAAAACACUUCAACUUGAAGAAAAUACAGGAUGAAGAGAACACCAGCAAAUCAAAGAAGAAGAAGAACAAGAAAAGGCAAGUUGAAGAAACAAAAGAUGAUUUUGAUGUUAAUGUCGACGAUGACCGAUUUUCCGCGCUUUUUACAAGCCAUCAUUUCAAUAUUGACCCCACUGAUCCGAAUUUCAAGAAAACCAAAGCUAUGGAAACGUUAAUAACGGAGAAAUUAAAGAGAAGAAACGAUGAUAAUGAGGAAAAAACAAACAAAAAACCCAAGGUUGAGAAGAAAAGCAGUAAAAAUGCUGAACUCAGUCUGCUGGUUAAAUCUGUUAAAAGGAAAACGGAAAACUUUAGGAAUAAAUGA